AUGGCCGCUGCAUCCAACACCAGCACCAGCUUCGUCCUCCUGGGGCUGAUGGAGCUGGAGAAGCAAAAAUACCUCUAUUUCUCCCUUUCUGCGAUGGUCUACUCGUAUAUUUUGACACUGAGUAGUGUGAUCAUAUAUGCCAUUUUGAAGGAGAGAAGCCUCCAUGAACCCAUGUACAUCCUCAUCGCCACUUUGCUCUUCAAUGGGAUCUUCGGCAGCUCCUCAUUUUUCCCCAAAUUCAUGAUGGACUUGAUCACCUCCUCAAAGAAGAUCUCCCGCACUGAGUGUCUUAUUCAAAAUCUCUGCAUUUCUACUUUUGCCGUUUUCGAAAUGAACACUUUUACCAUCAUGGCCUACGACCGUUACUUGGCCGUAUGCCAACCUCUGCGGUACAUCGUGUUAUUGACCAACGAGAAGGUCGUGAAGAUAAUCUCUGGGUGUUGGGGCGUAACCUUCAUCAUCCUCCUCUUGCUCCUUUUUCUGACAGCAGCACUUCCUUUAUGUGGGGAUAAAAUAAUAAAUAUUAUUUGUGAUAAUAUUUCCCUCGUUGUGCUGGCCUGCGUGGAUUCGACCAAUAGCAGUGCACUUUCAGCCACCGUUUUCGCCAUCUACUUUGUCACCACUAUUUUGGUCACUGCUUUUUCCUAUUUCAGGAUAUUCUUUGUCUGCGUGAACCUCUCGAAGGAGUCGCGUCAGAAGGCUGUCCACACUGUUGUGACCCAUUUGCUCAACUUUUCCGUAUUCUUGAUUGGAGUUUUAUUUACUGUGCUGAAGUACAGACUGGGGAAUGUUACUCUCCCCCUAACUGCUCAGGUGCUCCUCUCUGUCACCCCUUUGGUGUUCCCACCACUCUUCAAUCCUCUGAUCUAUGGAGUACGGACCCAUGCCCUAAAAAUAAAACUCAGACAUUAUUUGUGGAAUGUCAUUUUGGGAGGAAAGUGGACACAAAUUCAUACACAUUAACCACGUCCUUACUUGGCACUUAACCGCUUGCCGAUCGCCCACCGUAGUUUUACAGCGGCAGGUCGGCUCGGCUGCGCGAAAUCGCGUAAUAUUAUGUGAUUACGCAUUUCAGCCA